ACCUAAACGUGAUUCGUGUCGGAAAAUAAAAAUACGCGACUAUGCUUUCACCCGCGUUCCCGAUUUGCGUUGAUUGUCUCACGUUCGCGAUCGCCCUCUCCGGACUCGCGAUCGCGCACCGAUCAUUCCUCUGCGUGGAGCAUAGGUGCAUGCAGGACUUUCCGGAUGUAACGCGUUGAUACGUACAUACGUUAGUACGCGCGAGAGAAAGAGAGAGAGAGAGAGAGAGAGAAAGAGCGAGCGUGGCAUCUCUUCUCUCUCUUCAAUAGUAGCUUCUGAUAGUUUCACAUACACGAGCAACAAUUCGAUUUUCGACAUCUCGCUCGGUGACGCGCGCCUUCGUGAUUUAUACACAUCUCUUUGUUCGUCGAAGUCGAUCAACGAUGCCGCCGCCACCACCGCCGUCGUCACCGCCGUCACCGCCGUCGCCGCCGACGUUCCCGGUGGAGUGUUUUGCAAUUGAUCAAGUUGAGAUAGACGAAGAUCAUCCAGAAACUUCAAAAUUUCUGUUGACUCCUGAAGACCCUGAACGUUCUGUGGAUCCUGAGACUCAAGCGCGUCUCGAGGCCCUCCUCGAGGCAGCUGGUAUCGGAAAAUUGUCGUCGGGUGAUGGGAAGCACUUAGCCGACCACGAAGUGCUUCGACGUUUAACAUCUAGUGUUUCUUGUGCAUUGGAUGAAGCGGCAGCAGCAUUAACACGUAUGCGUAGUGAUAAUCCACGCACACCUAACGAAAAGCGCACUCUUAUAGAGGCGUGUACCGACGGCGACGUUGGUACCGUUAGAAAAUUGUUAACAGAAGGACGGAGUGUUCACGAAACUACCGAAGAGGGAGAGAGCUUGCUCUCCUUGGCUUGCUCAGCGGGUUACUACGAACUUGCUCAGGUUCUGUUAGCAAUGAAUGCUAACGUGGAAGACCGAGGUAUCAAAGGGGAUUGUACCCCUUUGAUGGAGGCUGCCAGUGCUGGACAUGUGGAUAUUGUGAGCUUGCUCAUUGCUCAUGGUGCCGAUGUUAACGCUCAGUCGACUUCGGGAAAUACACCUCUUAUGUAUGGAUGUGCUGGUGGACAUGAGGAAGUUGUACGUGUCCUAUUGGAAGCAGGGGCCAAUGUUGAAGAUCACAACGAGAACGGCCAUACACCUUUGAUGGAGGCAGCGAGUGCUGGGCACGUUCCAGUCGCUAAAAUCUUGCUGGAACAUGGUGCUGGUAUCAAUACUCAUUCCAAUGAAUUUAAAGAAUCGGCAUUAACAUUGGCCUGUUACAAAGGACACUUGGAGAUGGUUCGAUUUUUAUUGGAAGCUGGCGCAGAUCAGGAACAUAAGACCGAUGAGAUGCAUACAGCACUUAUGGAAGCGUCAAUGGAUGGUCAUGUAGAGGUAGCGCGCUUGCUCUUAGACUCAGGUGCCCAAGUAAAUAUGCCGACCGACAGCUUCGAGUCUCCGUUGACGUUAGCGGCUUGUGGAGGUCAUGUGGACCUCGCGAUGCUUCUAAUUGAACGCGGUGCGAACAUUGAAGAAGUUAACGACGAGGGUUACACCCCUUUAAUGGAAGCAGCACGCGAGGGCCACGAGGAAAUGGUCGCACUACUUUUAAGCCAAGGUGCAAACAUUAAUGCCCAAACUGAGGAAACUCAGGAAACGGCGCUCACAUUGGCUUGCUGCGGAGGUUUCCUUGAAGUAGCUGAUUUUCUAAUCAAAGCGGGCGCCGAUGUCGAAUUGGGAGCAUCUACCCCUCUGAUGGAAGCUGCCCAGGAAGGACAUUUAGAUCUUGUUCGAUAUUUAUUAGAGUCGACGUCAGAUGUUCACGCUCAGACGCAAACGGGAGAUACAGCAUUGACAUAUGCUUGUGAAAAUGGUCAUACCGAUGUUGCUGAUCUUUUGCUUCAAUAUGGAGCCGAUUUGGAACACGAAUCAGAGGGGGGCAGAACUCCGCUCAUGAAAGCUUGUAGGGCUGGUCAUCUGUGCACAGUUCAGUUCCUUAUUUCGAAACGUGCUGAUGUCAAUCGACAAACGACAAAUAAUGACCACACUCCUCUUUCAUUGGCGUGUGCUGGUGGUCAUAUUGCUGUAGUCGAGCUGCUUUUGGCGCAAUCAGCUAACCCAUUUCAUAAAUUGAAGGACAAUUCUACUAUGUUAAUUGAAGCAGCAAAGGGUGGCCACACUGCUGUUGUGCAACUCUUGUUGGAUUAUCCUCAUAGCAUUAUGAUGGGCGCGCCACAUAAUGCUGUAGCUGCUCCCAUGUUGUUACAACAACCACCGCAACAACAACAGCAGCAGCAACAACAACAACAACAACAACCACCACCGCAGCAGCCACAGCAGCAACAACCGUCGCAGCAUCAACAGCAUAUAAGCCAUCAGCAACACGUACCUCAUCCGCAAACAUCUGCGCAACCGCAACAACAACAUCCGCAACAGCAGCAGCAGCAGCAAACUGCGGAACAACAACAAAAUCUUCAACCUAAACACAAUACGCAAAAGUCAUUAUUAAGGAAAAAUCGAUCUGUGACUAUGAUGCCCGACAUGAGUCUUACCUCAGCGGAAGCGCAACAAGUUCGUUCGCAGCCCGCAGGAGAAUCUGUUGCUACUACUAAGGAUGAUACGAAUAUCCUCGAUAAAGGCAGCGGAGGAUUUACGAGUCUAUCAGAACCUAAUAUUAGCCUUAGCCCGACGUCAGCGUCAACGCAAGGAAUAAAUGUCAUCGAUAGUCGGAAAAGUAGACAAGAGCAAAUUCUUCAUAAGCAACAAAUACUUGAAGAACUGCAAAGGGUAGAACGUGAACUGCAAAGUAAGGCCGCAGCACACUUGUUCGCCGGUUCACGAAAUUCCAUAAUAAAUCAACCUCAGCAACCGACGCAACAGCAGGAUCCUACUGAAGCGGAAGCUUUAUUACCUGGAAUGCUAAAUAUUGAUUUGCCAGCUCAAUCCGCAACAUCUCCACAUGGCUUGGUGUGCAGUGCUACUGGUAUGUCUGGCACUUCAUUAACAUACCAAGGAACUAGCGAUGCGGCGUUGGUCUGCAGUGCUUACCUCGAUGGUAAGAUAAUGGGGCUGCAACAGUUUCAAAAGACGUUGUCCGUAGCACCGACCGCAGCGGAAACGUUUCCCACGAAUACAUUUCCCUCUUCGCCACCUCUGACACUCGCCCCGUUACCUACUACGACUGCCGUUUCGUUGGUUACUUCCAACACAUCCUCUACAACCACGCCGAGCCCACCGAGUAUCUCUACUCCUCCAACUGUCAUAGCUGUUUCCCAGCCUAUUACCGCGAGCAGCGAUGUUAGCCAGAACACUGCUAUAAGCGAUCGACCGAAAGCUAAGCCAGUGUCUAAGAAGGAAGGAAAAAACGUGCGUAAAGCAGCAAGCGGCAUGGCGGUGGCGAAAUUGCAGCAGACACAGGCGAGCCUGAUGGCCGGGCUUCAGCAGCAAUAUCAGCAGAAACAACGUCAACACACCUAUCAAGUACAACAGGUCCAUCAAUUGCAGCAACUCAAUCAGCAGUUGCAACUCCAGCUAGAUCAAGUGCAGAUACAACAGCAGCAGCAAACGCAACCUCAGCAACCUCAACAACAACAGCCCCAACAACAAACUAACGUAGUCGGUAAUAAUGCGAGUAGCAUAUUAAUGCCCACUCAGUUGAUGUCACAUUUACACCCUACACAUACUCAUCACUUGCACAACCAGCAAAUACCGCAAGAAAAUCUUCCUGAGCAAACCGAUCCCGAGUCAGCGCGAAAGUAUAGAGAAGGCGGUUGUACAUUUUUUACCGGGACACAGAAAUCGAAAACCUUCUCCGCUAACGAAAGAGUCCUGAAAUUGGAAGACGGCACGGACAUACCAAUCGAUGAUGCGUUUGAAAUUUUUCGCUCCAUCAGUUUCGACGAUGCUGUAGAUGCUACAGAAGAUCAAGAGAAGCUUGAAUUAAAAAGAUUAGAAGUAUCUGGUAAUAAAGAACAACAACAACAACAUCCGCAGCAGCAGCAGCAGCAGCAACAACAACAGCAACAGCAGCAGCAUCUGCAAACCACGCAAAUAGUUCAACAAAGCGGGAGUCCCCAUGCAUCUCAAGAAUAUUUUACUGGUCCUGUGCUGUCAGUACCAUCGGUCUCCCUACCAACCCUACCAUCGCUACAAGUGACUAGUGCUGGCGUUCAAAUAGAAGCAGACAUAUCAACUGGCUUGCAGUUAACGAGCACACAGUCCUUACAGAAUCCGGCGCUGAAGAAUCGUCUAAGAGCUUUUGAAGAAGGCUUCCGUCAAGGUAGUAUACACUUCCGCGAAUGUAUGCAGCAUAUUAGCAGUGAUACUUUCCAGCCGCAGUUGCUGCUACAGUCUUCUCCAAUAACGUUUCCCACGCAAACAUUACCACCUGUGAGCGGAACAACUGGGAUAAUAGAUAGUAUACCUCACCAGUCGAGUGGAUAUGCACAGUCUACCGCCUGCAGUACCAAUCAGGUGCAGGUCGCCACUCAGACUCAAGCGCCGGCUACUACAACCGCAGCGAACCAAGUUGUUGCACCGGACAAGAAACAAGUGUACACCGCGCCGACAACUGGCAAGGGCAAGAAAGCCAGAUAUCCGGUCUUAUCCCAGCAGCAGUCUUGCCAGCAACCACAAACUGCCAAUGCUCAACAGACUCCCAAUUUUCCCGCGCAGAACUAUCAGCUGGAUCCGGCGGCGGUUGGAGGUUACGCGACAAAUCAAGUCCCACCUACUCAAUUUUCAUGUAUGGACGUUGACUCGGAAACUGAUAGCAAUCACGAUACUGCGUUAACAUUAGCUUGCGCAGGUGGCCACGAAGAUUUAGUUGAACUUCUGCUGAGUCGUGGUGCAGAUAUAGAGCAUAGGGAUAAAAAGGGAUUUACACCUCUUAUUUUGGCUGCAACGGCUGGUCAUCAGAAAGUGGUGGAGAUACUAUUAAAUCACGGGGCGGACAUCGAAGCACAAUCUGAACGUACGAAGGAUACACCGUUGUCACUCGCCUGCAGUGGCGGUAGAUAUGAAGUGGUUGAGCUUUUGCUCAAUCGUGGUGCGAACAAAGAGCAUCGAAAUGUAUCCGAUUAUACUCCAUUGAGUCUCGCGGCAUCCGGCGGCUAUGUGAAUAUAAUAAAACUCCUACUUAACCAUGGUGCCGAAAUAAACUCGCGCACCGGUUCCAAGUUGGGCAUUUCUCCUUUGAUGCUUGCUGCCAUGAAUGGCCACACCGCGGCAGUCAAAUUACUUUUGGAUAUGGGUAGCGAUAUUAACGCUCAAAUCGAAACAAAUCGCAAUACAGCAUUAACACUCGCGUGUUUCCAAGGAAGACAUGAAGUUGUUAGUCUUUUGCUUGAUCGAAAAGCCAAUGUUGAACAUCGAGCGAAGACUGGUCUUACUCCUUUGAUGGAAGCGGCGAGUGGUGGAUACGUCGAGGUUGGACGAGUAUUGCUUACGAAAGGAGCAGAUGUUAAUGCGACACCCGUUCCAUCAUCUCGUGACACCGCUCUCACUAUCGCUGCUGAUAAAGGUCACUGCCGUUUCGUAGAACUUUUGCUGUCAAGGGGAACUCAAGUUGAAGUAAAGAACAAGAAGGGAAAUAGUCCAUUGUGGUUAGCCGCGAAUGGUGGACAUCUCAACGUUGUAGAUUUACUUUACCAUGCGGGUGCAGAUAUCGAUUCGCAGGAUAAUCGCAAGGUUUCCUGUUUAAUGGCUGCAUUCCGAAAGGGUCACAUCAAAGUGGUAAAGUGGAUGGUGAAUCACGUAACGCAAUUUCCGAGUGACCAAGAAAUGACAAGAUAUGUAGCGACCAUCAGCGACAAAGAACUCCUUGAGAAGUGUCAGGAAUGUGUAAAAGUAAUAAGAGCAGCUAAGGAGACACAAGCCGCUAAAGCAAAUAAAAAUGCUACAAUACUAUUAGAGGAACUGGAUAUGGAGAAAACGAGAGAAGAAUCGAAGAAAGCAGCAGCCGCACGAAGACGAGAGAGGAAGAAAAAGAAGAAACUCGAGAAGAAAGAAGAAAAACGUAAAUUGCACGAAGAAUAUAAGAAGAGCGAAACAGCUUACGAAGAUAAGGAAGAUAAUGGAAAGAAGUCUGGCGAUGAAGAAUGCGAUAGAGCGGAUGACAGCGAGCACGAAGGCGGCGACGGUUGCGAAAGAAUAGAGAGUGUACCGUCGCCUGUGAAUAGAAGUCCAGAGGAUCCCGAUAGGGAAGAGGGUGAUAGUGGAAUCGAUGCAAAUAGCCAAGGAAGUUGCAGUAGCAAUGACGUAAAGGCUCGAGACAAGAAAAAGGACAAGAAAAAGAAGAAGAGUAAUAAUCCCAAUAAUAAUGAAAAAGACACAUCCCCUCAGCGCUCACCCAAAACUCUUCUUACACAAAACACUGCGUUAUCUCAAAAUUCAACGACCUCAACGAAAUCCCAAAGUACUACUUCCGAUAAGAGAAUUAUGACUAACGUUACCAGUGGAAUGUCUAUAUCUACAACUUCAGCCACAACUACAAGAGCCUCCACCACGAUCAACUGUACUGAUCGGAAACUAAAGGGUCAGUUAGUGUUUGAAUCUUCCAGACAUCCAGCCGAUAGAGAGGAUUUUGAAGCAACUGGUAACGAAACUUACGUUCCUGGAAAGGGUAAAAAAUCUUAUAAUAAUCAAUAUGAUGGAGAUGCUUUAAACACAUCGACCAAAACAAAUAAUGCAACUAGCCCAAAACAAGGUGGAAAACGCGAGGAGGGUUGGAAAGAAGUUGUACGGAAAGGACAAUCUGAUGAUUCUGGAAGAUUUAUGAAUUCACCGUUCCGUUCCAAGAAAGUAUCCGUACCACCAAACGCUAUUAGUCGCGUGAUCGGCAGAGGUGGCAGCAAUAUCAAUGCAAUUAGAGGUGCAACCGGUGCGCAUAUUGAAGUCGAGAAGCAAAGUAAAUGUCAAGGAGAAAGAAUUAUCACGAUUAAAGGAUCAACUGAAGCGAUGAAACAAGCCUUUACUUUAAUAACGGCACUCAUUAAGGAUCCAGACGUUGAUAUAUUGCAAAUGCUUCCGAAAUCAAAAACCACCGUUGUAACAACCUCUUCGUGGGAUAAAGCUGUCUCUACCACUGCUGCAAGUAAAACGAAAGUCGGCUCAAUAAAUAAACCUCCUAGUUUGGCAUCCAGUACAACUAGCAGUCAAAUUAAAUCAGGAUAUUCCUCGGGCGUGCCUGUAAAUCCAUUGCUUCCUGUGCGAUCUUCAACCACUCUUAAGCUUGGCGGUCCAUUCUCGGCUGCAUUGCCACGUGCGACAGCUCCUAGACUUGUUGCCGCAGCGGAAAAACGUGCGCAAGCUGUAGCCGCGCAGUUGGCUUCCUCGACGAACACCAAAACAACAAUGUCUUACACGAGUGCCAUCAUGACAUCUGGCAGGGCAACGAAAAUCGUCACUACCACAACGCAGACAUUCGCGGCGAAACUCUCGGAGAUCACUGCCUCGACUCAUACCUCCACCACCGUCUUGCAAUCCCACACUGCAAUGAACAAGCAGAAGCCCGUGCAGCAGGCCAGUACCGUAACCGUCAUGUCGUCGGCUACGUCGGUCGCAGCGGCAACUUCUCAGACAUCCAGUCAGCAGUCUGUAGUCAGUACAUCGCCGAAACACUGCCGACCACUGCCCACUGCCUUGUCCGCCGCCCCGCCAACAAUGACGUCUCAUUAUCCGGGAGGAAAGUCUACCUACCCGCUUCCCGGGACGAGCGCGAUCUCGUCGGCCACGAACACCGCGGUGACGAAUUGUUCGGAGAGUUCCAAUGUUUCGACAUCUGCCAGUUCUAUACGAGUGACACCCUCGCCACCCGUUGUAUCGUCGCAGACACAAACAUUACCACCGCAGCAAUCCCAGGCACAAGCACGUAGCACCACGCCGAUUACGAAUACUAUCCAGGAACAGCAACAACAACAACAGCAGCAGCAACAACAGCAGCAGCAGCAGCAGCAACAUCCUAAUAACGUUCAUCUCGAAUAUUCUCUAUUUGACGAUAUGUUUAGCAAAGUCACGCAACAAUCAAUGUGGGGCAGAGACAACGAAUCUCAAAAGGGUAUGAAUUUCGCGACCGUUGCUGGUGGCGGAGUGUCUAUAAAUACGUCGGGUUCAUCCACGGCUAAGUUUGACAGCUCUCCACCGCAGGUGGAUGCGUCUAAAGCACCAGGGUAUCGCGGCGGAACAAUGUGUUCACCGGUUUCCAGCAAAUCAAGUGGCACAAGCAACACGUCGACUAACGUAAUUGGCAGCGGCGUAUCGUCCACCUCGGUGCACAAUCCCAUCCAACCCCCACAGUUUCAAUCCUCCACGAGCUAUACAGAGCAUCCUCUUCCGCCGAGCAAACCGCCCGGGAGUCUAGCGGUGGCUAGACCGGUGAUACCGCAGCCAAGCAUGGAGAUUGGCACGAGUAUGGCACAAUUCAAUCGACCGGUCUUUCAGGGUGAGCUGCCGUCGCGCAAUUCUACCACCCAUCAACCUCCUCAUGUGAUACCGUCGACGCAACCGGCGUUAGACGUUGGCUUGUUCAAAGCAAACAGCGGUGGCGCGUAUGAGCAUCCAAACGUAAACUCCAGUUUGCUGAAGAUGGUGCCGAACGACAAUCAAAGUGGCGGUCACCCUUUAUUACCGUUCCACCCUCAUAUGCAGAGUUACGCGCAGACCGCUAUCGCCCCGUCCGCGUCUGUGAACACCACCGUCAGUAUGUCGAGAUUGAAUCCGCGCGCGCCAGACUUUUCCAGCUCGCUGCAUCUCAACAGCAAGCAGCCGCAGGUGACCAUGUUCAACACCGGCUCGGCCACGCUCCAUCCGGGCAUAUUCCCCACCGUACCGGCACCGCCGCCGGCGGCAAUACAGUCCAGUAACAUCACGAUGCUCGGCAACUUCCCCCUGGGAAAGUAUCAGACACCUUCGCGGGCGACCCCGGCGAAUACUGGUAUCUCGGCAAAUCAACAGACUCGCUGGCCGUUCGCGCCGGGCCCGCACAGCAGUUAUCCGCCGCCACACCAGGAUCCCAUGAUGGGCCAAAUUGGUUUCUCCAAUCAUCUGGCUAACAUCAACGCGCAGCCCGGUAGCAUCGAUCUGAUCACAAGUCUGGAGAAUGGUGGAUCACCGGCUAUAUCCCCGUCGUCUCCAGCGCAAGUGGCCCAGGAGAUGAGUCAGCUGAAGAUCGAGGACCGAAAAGUGCCACGGCCGAUCGGUACCGAGAGGGCAUGGAAGAAUUACACCACUACGGGCAUGGGACCUGGCGGAGACGCCGACUCUAUCAACUGGAUACUGAAUAACGAGAAGAUGGUUGGUUCGUGGACUGGUAUGACACCUGGUAUCGACAGGCAUCAGAUGUUCCGAACGAAUGCUGCCUACAAUCGUAUAUCCAACGUUGAGCCGGAAUUGCACCAAAUAAUGGAGACUUCCUUCCAGGGCCAUGUGGAUACUCAGCAACCCUUCCCUAAUGGUAAUGCCGCAGCUCUAUCGCUCAUGCCAGGAUUAGCGUUACUCCCGGGACAGUUUGGGGCGCCUGGUUUGACGGAAAUACCCCCGAACGAACCGAAUAAGAUAGAUCCACCCGCAUGGGGAUUGCCAGACGCUGUGCAAGACAAACAACAUCCGACGGCGUGGAAUAAAUGGACUCACUAAAAGAUAAAGAUUCAUCUUGCCGACGUAGCUUUAAUGAGCCUUCACUUUGAUGCGAGAAAAACAUAAGCAUACUGCGAUUCGGAGUAGUACGAUAGACGGGAAUUGGAAUUAUAACGGAGCGUCGUUUAUAAGGAUACAAAACAAAUUACCACCUUAUGAACCUAUUAUUAUAUUCGUUCGAGCCUAGAUUCUCAAUAUUGCUUGUCACGCUAGACGAUAUAAGGCAAGAGAUCUUUAAUUAUCCUUAUUGUUAUUAGUAGUGUAUCAAGAUGGUGAUGAUAAUGAUUAUAAUGAUAAAGAUUAUGAUAAUUAUCGAGUGUGAGAUACAAAAAAGAGUACAGAGCCGACGUCGACUAACGAAGGAACAGCAGUCCGACACCGAGGAUCUUAUUUCGGGUCUCUGCUCCUUCUGGCCGCGCGGUCUUAUGCUGCGCAUCGUACUAAUUAAUAAUAAGUAAUACAACGCUAAUAACGAUAAUUGUGUUCUCUUCUAUUUUAUCGCUGGUAAUGAUGGUCUAAAUUCGCGAUGCCCCGAAAAAAAGAAAAAGAACGGAGGAAGAACCCCUCAAACCGCGACAUCAUCGGAUCCAAAUAAGCACGCGUACGCGACGUUCGUGCGUCGUCAUUUCAGCUUCUGCGAUGAUUAUUAAACGUUAAUGUUCAAGAUCACGCGAAGGGAGCAAUUCGAACAAAUGCAAUUCGAAUUGCAAAAGCACAUCACCUUGGUUAAUUAUGAGCAGUUUGCGUUUUUGAGACAACUAUAUGCUUCUAGUAUCAAUCGGGCGAUCGUUGAUGAGAAUAGUUCGUGUGUGUUAUUUAUCCGCACUGUAAAGAACGCUAUAAUAGGUUCAAGUACUGUAGUAAUACUAGUAGCACUAGUACGAUACAGUUGUGUAAAUAAUUGCUUCGCGAAUGAGAUUUCGAUUACUUCCACGCUGCAAAGCGAGACCGAAGAAGACACACGGAAUGAAGAAUAAAACAGAUAAAAGACGAAGAAGAGAUCAAGAGCGAUCCUGAGGGGACUACUGAGACUAUAUCGGACCUGGAUACACAUUACUCUCUUCCACUUCUCUGUGCACACACAUGCACACACAGACACACAUAUACACAUACCUGUGUUCGUUAUUGCUUGAGCCGUCACUGUUGUUAGUACUCUAACGAUUCCGAAGCGUUUGUUCGACGCCACCAAUCGCCCUUCGCGUCGCGUGUAACCUGGAUUAAAUGUAGCGCCCAUUUCGCAUAGACGAGCGAAACGCGUAGAUUCCUCGCAUCCUAUGCCGUGCGUUGGUGCUGCGUUAAAUAACGAAAACGAGAAUACACGAAACGAACGAGACGAACGACGACGUUAUUUUCACGAUCACGAGUUUUUUUGAUUUUUCAUCGAUCGUCAUCGCGCGCUGCGUAUUCCUUCUUUUGUUUUGACACACGGCGUCAGUGUAACAAUCGUGCAAUGCUGUCAAAAGGCAAAUUAACCCGACACAGAUUAUCGUACAAUACUCGUAGCGUGUUUUUAUGAGGCACAAUUUCACACAUAAACGUAUGCCCGUGCGCGCGCGCGCGAAAGAGAUUACACGUAUACACAUGACACACAACACGCGUAAAAUGACCAGUUUCUCGAAAUCGAAUUUACGUAAGCAUUACAGAAUUGUCGGCACGAAUCGAAUACACACUGUACUAAUAAUAUAUUAUAUUACGUAUACCGAAUCCUAUUCAGAUCAAUGAAUACUGUUCAUUGUUAAAGUGGUAGUGGGCCGCCAACGCAUAAAAAUAUAGCUGUGCGUCCCUAGCAACAGUGCUAUUAUAAUACUAUUAUUGCUGUGGUGGUAAUAAUGUUUAUUAUUAUAUUAUGGUUAUUAUUACACACAAGACAUAACUAUAGGACAGAAAGCAAGAAAAAAAAUAUGGUACAUAGAAAGAAAGAAAGAGAGAGAGAGAGAGAGAGACAGAGGAACGUCAUCCGUUAUCUCGGCUGAACUAGUAAUGAUAUAAUAAUAUUAAUAUUAAUAAUAGAUACACACACACUCGAGAUACAUACAUAUGUAUAUAUACACAUACAUGUGUAUGUGUAUAUAUAUAUGUAUGUAUGUAUGUAUGUAUGUACGAAAUGUUCAUUUCAAUUGAACAUUUGAAAAUCUUUCUUGGUGGGGAUUUCGGCAAGUGUUCAAUACAUAGUGACGAUAUAUACUGUAAUUGAAACGGUCCCCACACACACACGUAAGUUUCAAUGAUGAAGCUCAUGGAAGACGUACGAGGGCUUUUUGACCUAUAUUCCAGGGAGCGCUUCAAUUAUUCUCUAAGAUAUAUUGUUAUAAUUUAAAGCCUAUUUUCAAAUUUGAUUUAUGAUAACUGCGAUAUAUGAUAUAAAACUAUUAUAUGACCUAUAACACAAUAAAGCAAAUAAAUAAAUAUAACGACCGACGAA